AUGGGCAAGGGCGCGCAGCAGCUCACGUCGCCGGCCGUCAAGGAUGCGGCGGCGAAAGACGUGCUCAUCCACGGCCAGCUGUACGACGUGACCAAUUUCAAGCAUCCGGGCGGGUCCAUCGUCAAGUUCCUCACGAACAACGGCGACGCCACCGAGGCCUUCGUCGAGUUCCACGGCCGGUCCAAGAAGGCGCAGGCGAUGCUCAAGGCCAUGCCGAAGGUCGCCGCGGACGCCGAGACGAUGAAGGCGCGCGGCUACAACGGCAAGGAGGCGCGCUCCAGCGCCCUCUCCGUCGGCUACGCCAAGCUCCGCGCCGAGUUCGAGGCCGAGGGCCGCUUCGACGCGAACGCGUCGGAGAUCGCGUACCGCAUCGGCGAGGUCGUGCUCAUGCACCUCGUCGGCGCCUACCUCAUCAUGGCCACGGACCACUUCUUCAAGGGCCUGCUCUGCCUCGGCAUCGUCUCGGGCCGGUGCGGGUGGCUCAUGCACGAGGGCGGCCACUACUCGCUCACGGGCGUCAUCAAGACGGACCGCUUCCUCCAGGAGGCGAUCUACGGCGUGGGCUGCGGCAUGUCGGCGGCCUGGUGGCGCAACCAGCACAACAAGCACCACGCGACGCCCCAGAAGCUGCAGCACGACGUCGACCUCGACACGCUGCCGCUCGUCGCGUUCCACGCGCAGGUCGCCGCCAAGGCCAAGGGCGCGCUCAUGAAGCAGUGGCUGAAGCUCCAGUGCUACCUCUUCAUCCCCCUGUCGUGCCUCCUCGUGGCGUCGGGCUGGCAGCUCUACCUGCACCCGCGCCACGCGCACCGCACGAAGCGCGGCAAGGAGCUCGCCUUCAUGGGCCUGCGCUACGUGCUCCUCUUCGGCGUCGUCUUCAAGGACCUGACCUGGCUCCAGGCCCUGGGCUACUACAACCUCUACAACCAGAUCGCCGCGUCCUACAUCUUCACGAACUUUUCCCUGAGCCACACGCACCUGCCCGUGUCGCAGCCCGACGACUACCUCCACUGGGUCGAGUACGCGGCGCUCCACACGACGAACAUCUCGCCGGGCCUCGUCUGCAACUGGUGGAUGGCGAACCUCAACUUCCAGAUCGAGCACCACCUCUUCCCCUCGAUGCCCCAGUUCCAGCACCAGCACAUCUCGCCGCGCGUCAAGGCCUUCUUCGAGGCCCACGGCCUCCACUACGACGUCCGCCCCUACUUCUCCUGCCUCAAGCAGACCCUCGAGAACCUCCACGACGUCGGCCACUCGACGGACGCGGUGAAGAAGGACUAG